UUUCCUGAGCAGCAAUGAAAAACCAUAACAUAGAAGUUAUCAUGAAUUGAUAUCGUAAUUUGGAGGUAUUGAGCACGGCUAUGUCUUCUUCUACUUGCACUUGGGCCACAAGAGGAAUAAACGGACCCGCUCCUGCUCCAAGGCAGGGACAUGCAGCAGCUGUUGUGGACAAGAAAGUUUACAUCUUUGGUGGUAGCAGUGGUAGUGGAUUUGGCGGACAACAUGAUGAAUCGACAAGUGACCCAGUUUAUUUGAAUGAUCUGUUUGUUCUUAAAGUUGGUUUGCAGGUCACUUGGGAGAGAUUGCAACAGCUGGGAGACAUACCUUGUGCAAGAGAUGGACACACUUUAAGUGCUGUUGGUAGUGUACUAUAUCUAUUCGGUGGUUCAAAUUAUCCUGAAUCUGAGGAGUGCUUAGAUGGAUUGUAUGCAUAUGACAUCGGAACACUAUCAUGGGAACUGUGUCCAACUCAAGGUCGUCAACCCAAAGCAUUGGGUCACACAACAGCUGUAGUGGGAGAUACAUUGUACAUAUUUGGAGGAAUUUACCGUGGAAAUGCCACCAAUGCUCUUUAUAUGCUUAAUACAGGCAAUUUAACCUGGACACCUCUAAAGGCCUCUGGUAAUCCUCCUUCACCCAGAUGUGAUCAUGCCUGUACAGUAGCUGGUGAAAAGUUCUACAUUAUGGGAGGAAGUGGAGGAGAGAAGCUGUGGUAUAAUGAUGUGCAUGUCUUUGAUACAGUGACUCUGCGAUGGGAAGCUGUGAAUGUUCAAGGUCAUCGACCACAUGCCAGGAGCCUACACACGCUAUGUGCACACCACAGUAAGGAUAUCUACUUAUUUGGUGGAUCAAAUGAUGUAGCCAAAGUUACAACACCAUUUGAUGAUGUGUACAAGUUUAGUUUGUCAAAAUUAAAAUGGAAGAAGCUUCAGUGUUCUGGCACUGGACCUGAGAGGAGACUGGGUCAUAGUGCUGUGUUAGUUUAUGGACAGGUAAUGUUUUGUCUUGGAAGAAUAACAGGUGGGACG